ACACAGGGCUGGGGCCGGGGUUGUUAGUGGGUGCUGUCAGCUCCUGUGGUGCCACAACAAGUCCCAGCAUGCCUGGUCACUACAGCAGAUAAAGGGCAGCAGUGGAUGCGAUGUACAAGCAUGAAGCGUCAGUGUCUCUCACAGCUAGAGCACCUCCUCGCCAGGGGGCAGCAGCACAGCACUCUUCCACAGUACUACUAUCAUAUACGUUCACAUACAGUAGUGAGAGACAUAACAGCCGGGCAGCCGCUCCAGCACUGGGGUUGGGCUAAUGGUGUUGUGUAGCUGACGGUGCCCUGUCUGCGCCGGCCUCGCUAGGGGGCGUAUCUCGUUGGUGCCCGGCUCCACUAUGGCGGCCGCCGGGGAGAGCGGCUGUGGGAGACGCCAAUGCCUACUGCUGCUCUUCCUCUCCGCGGCAGCCUUGCUGCAUCUUACCGUCUGCCCGUUCUCCAAGGUGGAGGAGAGCUUCAACUUGCAGGCGGCCCACGAUCUCCUGUACCACCGGCUGGACGUAGAGAAAUAUGAUCACCAUGAGUUCCCCGGGGUGGUGCCCAGGACGUUUCUCGGCCCCAUCUUCCUGAGUUCUCUGUCUGCCCCGGCUGUGUCCGUCCUGUCCCUGCUGGGGGUGUCCAAGUUCUCCUCUCAGCUGAUCGUACGAGGAGCUUUGGGUUUGACUGUCAUUUUUGCACUAUGGCAAUUGCAGAAGGAAAUACAGAAACAAUUUGGAUCUACCGUAUCAACAUAUUUCUGCCUAAUAACAGCAACUCAGUUUCAUUUGAUGUUUUACUGCACUCGAACCCUCCCUAAUAUAUUUGCUCUACCAAUAGUCUUGCUGGCUGUCACAUUCUGGAUGAAACAAAAGCCUGGUCCAUUUAUCUGGCUUUCGGCAUUGGCCAUUAUUGUGUUCCGAUCGGAGCUGUGUAUACUGAUGGGACUCAUGCUCCUGCUGAGUCUAAUGAAGAGGAACAUUUCCGUUUAUGUGACCCUCUCACAUGCAAUCCCAGCUGGAAUUGUAUGGUUAAGUUUAACCACGGCUGUAGACUCCUUUUUCUGGAAACGUCUUCUAUGGCCUGAGGGAGAGGUUUUGUGGUAUAACACUAUUUUGAAUAACAGUGCCAACUGGGGAACAUCACCAUUUCUGUGGUAUUUUUAUUCAGUUUUGCCUCGAGCUUUGGCAUUUAGCCUUUUCUUUCUGCCGUUUGGCCUUUUUGACAGGAGGAUGUGCCUCUUGAUUGCACCAGCUGUGGGUUUCAUAUUUUUGUACUCUUUCCUUCCUCAUAAAGAGCUACGGUUUAUCAUUUACACAUUUCCUCUUUUAAACAUAGUGGCUUCUAAAGGAUGUGCAUAUAUACUUCAUAACUAUCAGAAAUCUUGGAUGUUCAAAUUUGGCACUUUCUGUGUAAUAGCCCAUCUACUGGCAAAUGCAAGCUACUCUGUAACUUCUUUGUAUGCUUCCCAUUUUAAUUACCCUGGAGGUGCUGCAAUGGAUGCUUUGCAUAAAUUGGUGGACUCUUCUAGAGAUGUGUCUGUUCACAUAGAUGUGGCAGCUGCUCAAACUGGAGUCUCGCGUUUUUUGCAAUUAAACUCACAUUGGAGAUACGACAAAAGAGAAGACCUUACCCCGAAUGAUAAUGCUAUGACUUUCUAUACGCACAUCAUUAUGGAAUUUGAAACUACUCAUUUGUCAUACUACAAGAAAACUCAUACAAUACUAAGUCACAUAUCUAGUUUUGAUGGAUUUGGUUUUAAUAUUACUACUUUUCCACCAGUCUACAUCAAAUUAAUUACCAAAUUAAUUAUCUUAGAAAGGUCUCGCUUUGGGUAAACUAUUUGUAAAUCUUUAUUUAUGCUCAAUUUAUUUUUUUAACAAAUCAAAUGUAAACUUAGAAGCAAAUGUCUUAAAUAAAACAUUAUAAAAUAA